GAAGUUCCGACAUACUGAAACACGUCGCGUUGGACGUCGCGUUCGGCUAGCCCAGGUCAGGCUUCGGCAGUCAAGCCCAUGCAACGCGUCGAUCGACGAGCAUGGUUGGUAUAUCGCUUUGCCUCAAACGCUUCAGCGUAGUUUCGUUAGUAUCAGGCUACCCUUGAUGCCUCGAGCCCUAUCGCAAUGCGGUCAUAAGAGAGGUUGGCCCAAGGCACUCAUCGUUCAGAGCUGGCCUCGCUGUCCUACUGCUGCUGCUUCAUUCGAUAUACAUUUUAAUCACUCUUUCUCAACGCAGCGCGUUCCAAAAGACUGCCGGCAGUCAAUCGCAUUCCGUCCAUUCUCGUUACCAUUCUUUCUCUUUCACGUUAGCAGACCUGGGUACCACUAAGAUGGGUUUCGGCAUUCUAGAAGACCGCCAUAUGGCAGCCCCUCCUGGAACAUCUACCAUCAACGACUCUGAACCUGCCCUAGACUCAAAGGUUGACUUUAGUGACGUCAAGCGCGAUGGCGAUGUUAUAUUGCAGCCACAGCCUUCGGACAGUCCCAACGAUCCGCUCAACUGGUCACCGAAAAGGAAGGAAUGCAUCAUGAUUCUGCUCGCUUUCAGUUCCGGUGUGACAACAGCCCUUGGACCCAUGGUGACACCCGCACUUCCACUCAUCGCCAUGAAGUACAAUGUCAGCAUCGAUAUGGUCUCCAGUCUGGUCAUUGGUUUUCUGGCCUUCUGGAUCGGCUUCACCACGUUCUUUACCGCUGCUGGAGCGAACAUCUGGGGCAAGCGACCCUUCUUCAUCAUUUCCACCGUGAUACUUCUUGCAACGAACGUCUGGGGAUUUUUCACCAAGUCCUUCAUCUCUCUCGCUGUCAUGCGAGUCAUACAGGGUAUUGCAUCAGCACCUCUCGAGACACUUGUCACCUCCACAGUAUCCGACAUGUACUUUGUCCAUCAAAGAGGUACUAGGAUAGCAGUCUGGGGCUGCAUGUUGGCCUCUGGUGUGCUUCUCGGCCAAACAAUCGCUGGUGCUAUCAUCCAGAACAUCUCCUUUGAAGCUACUUUCGGUAUCUCCGCCUUGAUCUUCAUCCCGAUCCUCUUCGGCAUGUACUUUUUCGUUGUCGAAACCACUUACUAUGGCCCCCGACCUACUACAGACAAGGUUGCCGUCGACGAGAAACACAAGUCCAUUUCCUCCGUUUUCGAGCUCGAAGAUGAGAGAGAGCCGUAUCGCAGCCAGCUAGCUCUCUUCCGUGGCCGCUUGUCACAAGAGUCAUUUUGGAAAAACGCUUGGAAGCCUGUGCCACUCAUAGCGUUCCCGGCAGUGCUGUUCAGCACUAUUGUGUAUGGGUCUUACUUUACUUGGCUGCUCACCAUUUCAGUCCUCUCCGUCAACAUCUUCUCCGCGCCACCGUACUCGCUGAACCCGGCACAAGUCGGUCUUACCAACUUACCUCUCCUCGUUGUCGCACUUAUUGGCUCGCCCCUCUCCGGCUGGACAGCCGAUGCUCUCGCGAAGUUCAUGGCCCGCCGCAACAAGGGUGUCUUCGAACCUGAAUUCCGCCUGACUCUUAUGGUACCUGCCGUCAUCUUCGCCACAAUCGGUUUCCUCGGCUUUGGUAUGAGCACUUCAGCUGGCUACCCCAUUGUUUGGCCAUUGGUGUUCAUGUCCAUCCAUUCACUUUCUGUACCGUUCGCCUCCACAGCCAGUCUGACUUAUGUCAUUGACUGCCACCCCAAAGAUGCGAACCAGGCUUUCGUCACCAUCAACUUCACGAAGGCAGUUUUCACGUUCAUCGCGACAACGUACGCGAACGGUAUCAUGGCCAACAUUGGGCCGCGUGCGGUAUUUGACGGGAUCACGGUCAUCAACCUGGGAAUUUGUGCGCUUACCAUUCCGGCGUAUGUGUUCGGGAAGAGGUUCAGGAGUUUGGUUGCGCGGAGCUCGUUUGGGAAGAAGGUCUCAGGCUGAGGGCUUGGAGCCGUGUGUCCUCUACUGCGAUGACAAAACAUGGGCCGUAAGGGAU